UGGUUUCAGUCUUCAGUGAAUAUGACCGUGCCGCUGUCCAGGUUAUGCAUCUGUUUUUAUAAACCUGUCAAACUGUAUGUCACGUCCGCGAGGUCACGCACGCAGACGCGAGGCCGAGCGCGCUCAAAUCAAGUUUGCGUUUCCCCCGUUUUAUACAGUCUAUGAACACCAGUGACCGCAGCACGAGCACGAGCACGAGCAGGACAGGUGCAGGAGCCCUCUCAGUCCAGAGCGGACUAGCAUGGCCAUGACGGGAGGCAUGGCAGCGCCGCUCCCGAUGAGCAACCAUACACGUGAGAGAGUCACGGUGGCCAAACUCACGCUGGAGCACUUCUACAGCACCCUGCUCACCCAGCACGAGGAGCGGGAGAUGAGGCAGAAGAAGCUGGAGAAGGUGAUGGAUGAGGAAGGUUUACCUGAUGAAGAGAAGAGCAUGAGGCGAUCUCUGCACGCUCGUAAGGAGACCGAGUUUCUGCGGCUCAAGAGGACCCGGCUUGGUCUCGAUGACUUCGAGUCCCUUAAAGUGAUCGGGAGAGGAGCAUUUGGAGAGGUCCGCCUGGUUCAGAAAAAGGACACUGGUCACAUUUAUGCCAUGAAGAUCCUCAGGAAAUCAGACAUGCUAGAGAAAGAACAGGUGGCCCAUAUCCGGGCUGAGAGAGAUAUCCUAGUGGAGGCUGAUGGCGCCUGGGUAGUGAAGAUGUUCUACAGCUUUCAAGAUAAACGCAAUCUGUAUCUCAUCAUGGAGUUUCUGCCUGGAGGAGAUAUGAUGACUCUGCUGAUGAAGAAAGACACUCUGUCGGAAGAAGCUACACAGUUCUAUAUUGCAGAGACUGUCCUGGCCAUUGACUCCAUUCACCAGCUAGGCUUCAUUCACAGAGACAUCAAACCUGACAACCUGCUGCUCGACUCACGGGGCCAUGUCAAACUGUCUGACUUUGGCCUCUGCACAGGCUUGAAGAAGGCCCAUCGGACUGAAUUUUACAGGAACCUCACACACAACCCUCCCAGUGACUUUUCAUUUCAAAACAUGAAUUCAAAACGCAAAGCAGAAACAUGGAAGAAGAACCGAAGACAGUUGGCAUAUUCAACUGUCGGGACGCCAGACUAUAUCGCCCCUGAGGUAUUCAUGCAGACGGGCUACAACAAGCUGUGUGACUGGUGGUCUCUUGGAGUGAUCAUGUACGAGAUGCUGAUAGGCUACCCACCCUUCUGUUCAGAAACGCCACAGGAAACCUACAGGAAGGUCAUGAACUGGCGAGAAACGUUAAUUUUCCCCCCCGAAGUGCCCAUUUCAGAGAGAGCAAAGGACUUGAUCCUUAGGUAUUGCACCGAUGCAGAAAACAGGAUUGGUUCAGGAAGUGUGGAUGAAAUUAAAUCCCACCAGUUCUUUGAGUCUGUGGACUGGGAGCAUAUCAGAGAGAGACCUGCUGCUAUUUCCAUCGACAUCAAGAGCAUCGAUGAUACGUCCAACUUCGAUGACUUUCCAGAGUCAGACAUUCUACAGCCAGUGACAAAUGUAACAGAACCAGACUUCAAGUCCAAGGACUGGGUUUUCCUUAACUACACCUACAAACGCUUUGAGGGAUUGACACAGCGUGGCACCAUCCCCACUUACAUGAAGGCGGGGAAGGCGUGAAACAGGCCACUGAUGGUCUGGAAGAGAAGGAUCAGAAUGUAAAUGAAAAUUCAAAUGCAGAUUUCUGCGGAUGACAAGCUUACGCACUGCCGCUUUGUGCUAAACAGAAGACCUGUUCUCAGAGGAGUCCCUGGUGAGGGGAAAAACAAAAAGCAUAAUAAUUAAAUGGCCAAAUAUAUGGAAAGACUCUAUUGUCCUGCUGCUUAGCUAAAAGGAGACACAAAUGUUGUCCAAAUGAUCUUCAACACUGGAUCAAACAGGGUCACAGAGGAAAGAAAGGGAAACGGAUACAUCACUGAAGCCUUACGUUCAGAAAACAGAGGAUGUUUUAACCUCGAGCCUCUUGGGUAACUAAACUGCAAUAAAGUUAAUUUCUCUCAGUCGUUUUUAAGCUGCUUUACCCAAAGGAAGUUGAGAAUCUGUAUAAACCCAAAUGAAACAUGUACACUGUUAGAUACACUGUAUGAUAUAGUUAACUACCUGAUGCUGAAUAUUUCCCACAAGUGUACUUUGUGCUUUUGUGCAGUUGUUUUAAUAUAUUGUUGCAACCUACCUAGAAAAAAAACUUGAAGAGGAGCAGUUUUGUUAUUUUGUUUAUAUCAAUGCCAGUGAGCAGCCAGCCCUUCCUUUACCUGUGCCUCAUUCAUUUUUGUUCGGUUGUGAGCAUUGUUGAUUUAUGCAACCAUUUUUAUAGUUGUUGUAAAACAUGCAAGAUGUAGCUUCAGUCAGUGGUUUUAAAGCAAAGAUAAAUAAUGCUAAAAACUUGCCCUCCUUUAUGUAAUAGAGUUUUGGAAAUCUACAGGG